UCGUCGUGCUGUUCGUUUUGUUUACAUGCCAUCGGUGGAAGUAUCUGCCAGCCAAACGAAUUUAUAUAACGAAUUGGUCAAAAUUUAACUAAUUGAAACAAGCAUCUAAAUUUGAUUUACAGAAAUAGUGUGACGAUUAAAACCAUUUUUUCUAAAACAAAACUUUUCGAGCUAUGUCAAAUUUCCUUUCCGGAAGGGCGGCUGUGUUGACCCGCGAAUUUGCUCACACCUUAAUGCGAAAUUACGCUAACCGGGCCUCAAUUCACGCACUUCAUAACAGAUAUGACCGUUGUGGCUCAGAGGUCUGCAAACCGAUGCUGGUCACAAUGGCAAAUUUGUCUAGUGGUACAUCCAACACACACCCAACCGUAAAUAGUUCACAACUAGCCUCAACCAAAGAAGAUGAAGGUGGAUUCUUGAAACGAUUCAUAACAAAAAUGGGCUGGAUAGACAAUUCCCGAGUCAGAUUACGUGUUUCCAGUGCAUAUCUCUACGAAUCCGUAGCCGACUGUAUCAACUAUAACGAAUUUUUCACGCAUUUUAACAUGCCUAACACGUUUAAUACCUGGUUCUUGAUUACUGAAUUGCACGUUUGGAUGCUUUUAGUACGAGCCAUGGCCGAAGGGUCUGAAAAGGAUGCAGCAGGAAGAUACAUGCGUAACUGUAUAGUCGAAUCAAUGUGGAAUGAUGUGUCAAAUCGAGCGAAAAAACUAUCGGCCGAUAAUCCGUCCGCUGUGCGGCCUCAAAUUCAACUGCUCUCUGAGCAGUUUCAAGCAGCGCUUCUAACUUAUGACGAAGGCAUCAAUAGUGAGGACAAAAUUCUGGCAGCUGCACUGUGGAGGAGAUUCCUUUCGGGGAAAUGCGAAGAUUACGAAAUGUUGGAACUGUUGGUUAAAUACGUUAGGAAGCAGAUGGCGAUGCUAGACAAUAUAAGCCGCUAUGAUUUUGCCAUAAAACCUAAGGUGAAAUGGUUACCGUUAAUUGAGAAAUAAAAACGCACCAGUGGUUGGACUAAAUUCUGA